AAAUACUUUCAGAUUAGAAUCAUGGUUUCAUCCGUAGAUGUAGAUUCAUCAUUAGCAACUUCCUCCCAGCAGGCAGCCAAGGAAGUUGUGAUCAGUCGGCCGGUCACGACUGAUGACCACGUGCGACCGGGAUCAACGCAGAGGAAGCUGAGUUGGACGGGAGAGGAUGAACAUCUAUCUGAAAGUGGAGACAGCCAGACCGGGCCGGGGUUCGAACCGGUGUUCUUGACUGAGGAUAGCAAAGUGGGACUUCAAUUAAGUUCUCGGGCUCUGAAAAAAGUACCAGAAAAGAGUUCGUAUCUGCAGUCGGAUCAAGGACUUCACUAUUUGGUUCUAAAUGACAAUCAAUUCGACUCAGUGCCAGAUGACUUGGAACAGUACCGUGAAACCCUCGAAGUGUUGUUGCUUCGGAAGAAUCGAAUCGCGGAGUUGGAUGUCUCGCAUCUAUCGCGUCUGAACAACCUCGCUGUUCUGGAACUGAGUAUGAACAAUCUAAGUGAAAUGCCUGCAGACGUGGCCCGGCUCGGUUCUCUGACACAGUUGUUUCUGAAUAACAAUAACUUCGACCAGUUCCCAGUGUCCAUUCUAGCGUUGGAUAAACUAACGGUUCUGGGUCUCAACUCGAACAACUUGAGAGACGUGCCGAACGAAGUCAAACGUCUCUCUAAUUUGCAAGUACUGGGCCUGAAUUUCAAUCAGCUGUCUUGUCUUCCUUCAGGAAUCACCCAGAUUGAAUCUUUGACCAAGCUUGGACUAUCAGACAACGCUAUUGCGUCGCUUCCUGCCGAAAUCAAACAUCUUAUCAAUAUGAAAGAGCUGCUCCUUGACAAUAAUAAAUUGCGCACUAUCCCAGUCCAAAUAUAUUGGCUCUCGGCUCUUCAAGAUUUGGCUCUAUCUGGAAAUAAAAUUUCGCAGAUAUCCGCGGAAAUUGCUAAUUUGGAGAACUUGAGGCAUUUGGGUCUGAACAAUAAUCAGAUAAGCUCGAUUCCGUCUGAGAUUGCGUAUCUAAGGAAUCUUCAAACUCUGGGACUCCAAGGAAAUCUGAUCAAGACCAUUCCAGCUGAAAUCGCAUACUGUGACCAUCUUCAGGAGCUGUACUUGGGAGCAAACAUGUUGUCUGAGUUCCCGGAGGAACUAUGCAUGUUGCAUUUGAUGGAAAUGCUUAGCGUGGAUUCCAACAAGAUCUCUGAAAUCCCUAUUGAAAUUGAAAAUCUCCAGAACUUGCGACAUUUCUCGGCAGAUGACAAUAUGCUAAUGGAACUGUGUCCAGGUCUAACGGCUCUGCCAUGUCUGGAGUCUUUAUCUCUUUGCGGGAACCGAAUUGUAGGGCUGAGCGAUGACAUUCAGGAGCUGACGACAUUGAGGUAUCUAGCAUUGUCGCGAAAUAGGUUCACAGAGUUUCCCGAGCCUAUCUGCUACUUGCCCAACCUGCAGAUUCUGCACAUGGAUAACAACGCGAUAAGGGUGCUGCCCGAAGAUGUAUCAAGUUUGAUUAAAUUGACAGUUUUGCAUCUGCAGAGCUGCAAGUUUUCAGAAUUUCCCGAAGAGCUGGCACUCAUCCCAAGUUUGUCCAUUUUGGACAUGUCCGAUAACUCGCUGAGUGAAAUUGGCCUAAAGAUGCGGAACAAGCGGUCAGUGACCUUCCUGAACUUGAGCAAUAACAACUUCGCCAAGUUCCCGCCGGAGAUAUGCACCAUGCCCAGUCUACAAGUGCUGCACUUUGUGCAGAAUAAUGGAACCAAGAUCGAGUCUCUGCCCGAAGACAUCAUGCAUUUGACAAAUCUGAAGGAGCUGUACCUCGCUCACAACGACAUCGCCGAGUUGCCUCCCACAAUCGCCAAACUGCGCAACUUGAUCCACUUCUCGAUGCCAGACAACAAGCUGGGUCAACUGCCAGAAGAGAUGUGUAUGUUGCAGCAGAUGCAGAGCAUGAACCUGAACAACAACCAGCUGAAAAAUCUGCCCUUCGACUUCGGAAACUUCGCCAACAUGACUGAUUUGGACAUCGAAAACAACAACAUCCGUGUGCCGCCACUCUUUGUAUGCAAGAACCAAAGUGCUCGGGCGAUCGGGGAGUACUUGGGCAUUGAAGAGCAGCGUGAAAAAUGGCAGCGGCAUAAUGAUAUACUUAUCAACAUCUUGAUGCAGCAAGCUGCUUUGGACAUCGACCCGAUUGAGCUGCACCAUCUAGCUCACAGACUAAAAAUCGAGUUGCCCCCUGUGGAACCCCCUGUCAAAGAGACACCCCCCGAAGGAGAAGGCGAGGGUAGUGACGAAGGGGGAGCGGAGAAGGAUCCUGACGAGGGUGGGGAUGGGGACGAAGAUGAAGAGGAAGAGGAGGCGGCGGAGGAGGAAGAAGAGUGGACUCCUCCCCCUCCGAACAAGGACGAUAUAUACAGGGCUCUUCUGCAAUGGAAAGAAGAGAAGGGGCGUGCUGCAACUAAGGAGGAGCUAAUCAGAGUGCUGAAGCUGAUUGGCUACGAGGAUUUGGCCGACAAACUCACAGCCACCAAAGUGUUCGCCCAGAACUUCAAGUUCUGAACUGAGCAUUUAGUGUGAGCAUUUUCUGAGCAUUUUCCACUGUAGAUUGGAAAAAAAAUGUCUAUCGAAAAAAAGUCUGUAAAAAAGGGUGUGAAUAAAAAAUUGCAGAUAUGUAGAAAAAUGUAAAUAUGUCAAAAUAUGAGCGAAUGGACACUUGAAAAUUUAAAAAUUAGAAUACAAAU